AUGAAACGGAUACUGAGGAGAGUAGCCUCCAGUGUGCUGCCCACCCCUGCUGCUUUCUCAUCAUGCCGCUCCUACCACCUACGUGGGGAGAACCCACAAAAAGGGAAACCCGGGGAAGGGGCAAAAGCCAUCACAAAAGGUUGCCUCGCGGAGCAUGAACAGGACGUGAUAAAUUCUAUACAAAAUAAGAUACCCAGCCAAGACCAUCAAAUUGCAAAUAAGAUAACGCAACUACUGCAACACUACAGCAAAAACAAUUACCGUAACGAGCAUGUCCUGCAGGUGAUUCGUUCCUAUGUGAAGCAUAACGUGGACGGCUUCUCCCUAAUCAGACUAUGUGUGUUCGUAAAUUAUUUUCUAAAUUUGAAGGUGAAAGGAGACAGAAACUUUAAUUACAUCAUCACGAAUUCGAUAAUAAAAAAAAUUAGGAAUGACCACUUUGUGGACCUCUACGGGAUUUGCUUAAUUGCUAAAUUUGUCCUGAGGGAGAGGGUUAAACAUGGAGACCUGCUCUGGUUGCUGGGAUCUCUUAUAAAAAACAAAGUGGAUGCAACGUCUAGUCCGUUCGAUGUCUACAAUUUGGUUGUUUCACUUCUGAGCAUUCAGAGCGGGGGGCUGCUAUGGGGGGGUGAGGCCACCACGCAAGGAAGCGAACAAACUGCUACACAUAACAGUGCGUACCCCCCAGAUGGACUGACCCAGCUGAACGAACAAAACGUGCACGCACUGCUCCACCUCUACAUAAAGGGAGAAAGAGUGAAAAAUGAAGAACUCGUCCUAAUUAUAAACACCUUGAGCAGCAUGGACAGAACGGCCUUCUUCUACCAAAUGGAUUUAACAAAGUCACGGAGGGUCCAACUUUACGAGGCUCUCUUAAGACGAAUAAACUUCCAGGACAGAUUCAACGGGAAGGUACUUGCCCUCUUCCUGUUUAGUUUACAAAAAAUGAUUAAAUUGGGGGAGAUAUCAGAAGGGGUCUUUUUCUCCACUGUGGUAAACUUGGGUGCGGCCUUCAGGGAGGCUGCUACGGGAACCAAGUUACAGGCCAUGCGGGUUGGGUAUUCCAAUUCGGAAAUGCGGAAGGAGGGAGAAAACAUGGAUCUGCCCCCCAAAGGAGUACAAGUUUCAACGGGGGAUGUUACUCAGGGGGGGCUCCCCCAAUUGAGGACACAUUUUAACCUGCAGGAGAUCGGCAUGGUGCUGCAAUUUUAUAACGCUUUGAUGGAAGUAUCCCAGUGGAAGAAAGGCAACACGGGGGGGAACUUCCAACCGGCGGAGCACACCACAUCUGCACAAAAGGAUCAAAGUUUUUACGACGAAGGGGAAGGUGCAGGGCUUCGUUUGGAGGGACGCAUGGGGGAAAAAAGUACUGUAGAUGAAGACGCCCCCGUUGAUGGAAGGCCCCACCUGGUCAAACUGUACGAACCGUCCGUACACCUGCUGAAGGAAAGCCUCCUCUUUUACGCCCAAGCGAGUUACCAAAAAAAGGUAAAAAUGAACCCCCUCGAUUUCUGCACUUUGCUAAAGGGCCUUUCAAAAGUGUUCCAAAACACAUUCCUAGACCGAAACAUACUUCCUCUUUUUCAAAACUUCCUAAUGUCUCAUGGGAAGAGGAUUAAAAUAAAUGAGUUGCAAAUGAUCCUAAAGUUAAUUUAUGAGAAGAGAAAAUUGGACUUCUUCCUCAUCCUCUGUGGUGGUAGGAACUGCUCCAUUUUCGACCACCUCCAGAGUGUACUUUUGAGAAGUGUCCUGAGCGAAUCACCCAACUGGUGGAAUCAGGAAAGGAUGGAAGCAUGUAUCAUGUGCUUCUACUAUUUGUCCUUCUUAAACUUCAACCCGAACACAUACCUCGUGGUGAACCAGUUCAUCAUGGAUCACGUAACAUGCGGCAGUGCUGUUUCACUUGUUCCCUACGUUAUUAUGAGCAAAUUUAACUACCACAUGUUGGAGGUGAGAUCCGUCAGGAGGGCAGAAUCAGUGGCAACUACCAACAACGAUGAAUUGCCCGAAAAGAGGCAAGUCACAGACAACUUCGACAGAAUAGACAAACUGUACCAAUUAAUGAAUCAACACUUCGAAAAGUAUAAAACGUUUUUUGUGUUAAACUGUAUUUACGCGCUUACCAAGUUUCUAAAGGAUAACAGGACAAGUGGUUUCCCACCUUUUUCGAAUUUUCUCUUCCCCGAGUUAUUCAACAAGUUGACGAAUCGUCUAAUAAUGCAGAAUGGAUUGGAGACGCAUCCACAUGGGGACCAUAUCCCCACCCACUAUGACUACUUUGUCAAUUAUGUGAAGUACAAUUACUGCUUAUUAUUUUUUUUUCAGUAUGUUGAUUUGGGUACCUUUCUCCAGAGGGUCCCUUUAGGCGUUGAAUUUCCAUUUUCCUUUUACACCCCUUUUAAUGCAUACCUCACUGCGGAGUUUUUAGCCAGCUACGAACGGUUGUUCAGGAGCGGCGAUUUUGCGGUCCCUCGGGGGUCUUCAAAAGAGACGAACGAAGCAACGGGGGCAGUUUCCAUGAUCAGUGCACUUGCGUUAACGCCAGAGGUGAUGAACUCCCGCUGGAGAGAAAUCCAAAUGGAGAAAAAAAAAAUGUUGAAAAAGGUAAGGAGGUAUGCAAACGCGCACUGCAAGGUGAUGAGCGUGCACGACCUUAUACACUUGAUCAAGACGUUCAAAGUGGUAGCCCCACUGAUGGGCACUGACAGUAUGUCUACCCUCCACACGUGCAUGUCAAAUUUCACUUUUGCCGGAAAUGUUAAGACGAGCACCAGUUUCGAGCUGCUAACAGAAUUGAUCAAAUUUAUGUACCACUUUGAAUUGCAAAACGGGGAAGUGUUUGAUCACUGUCACGGUACCCUUGUGGACAUGUUAAUACUUACGUUCAGAAUUGUUUUUAAAAAUUUACCUGACCGUACAGACAAUAACUACCUCGGCAUGCUGCAGUUUUCCCUCCUAUAUGUAUCUCACUUUGUGCGCGAAGCAAAUUUGGUUUUCAAUUCGCUAUCCCUCACCGAUUUGAAGCGGGCCGAUUAUUUGACGAGCUUGUCCCCGAUGAACUUGGACAAGUACCCCCAGUCGUCGUGCACAUUUCAGCUACAAAUUUUAAAAGUCCUUAAAGGCGUUGUCAAAAAUGAGAAGAGGAUACUAAAUGAAUACCGCGUCGGCGACACACCGUACACGGUUGACAUUCUUAUAACGUAA